GAGAGCGCUCUCGGCUCCCGGCUGCUCCUCCUGCUGCGCUCCUCGCUCCUGCUGCCCCCCUCGCCUCCGGCGCUCCUCUCCCCAGCUCGGCAGAGCGCACUCCCCAGACGCCGUAGCCCCGAGCCGGGCAGCGCCGGGCGCCGAGAUGAAGGUGCUAGGACACAAGAUCGAGCUGCUGACAGGGCUCCUGCUCCACGACGUGACCAUGGCAGGGCUGCAGGAGCUGCGAUUCCCCGAGGAGAAACCACUGCUCCGGGGCCAGGACGCCGCCGAGCUGGAGAACUCCGACACCUUCCUCUUGGCUGUGGACACAGACUGGAAGGAACACGACAUCGAGACGCCUUACGGCCUCCUGCACGUGGUGAUCCGGGGCUCCCCCAAGGGGAACCGCCCAGCCAUCCUCACCUACCAUGACGUGGGUCUCAACCACAAGCUGUGCUUCAAUACCUUCUUCAACUUUGAGGACAUGCAGGAGAUCACCAAGCACUUCGUGGUGUGCCACGUGGAUGCCCCCGGCCAGCAGGUGGGGGCGUCACAAUUUCCUCAGGGGUACCAGUUCCCCUCCAUGGAGCAGCUGGCUGCCAUGCUCCCCAGCGUGGUGCAGCACUUCGGGUUCAAGUACAUAAUUGGCAUCGGAGUGGGAGCUGGAGCCUACGUGCUGGCCAAGUUUGCGCUCAUCUUCCCCGACCUGGUGGAGGGGCUGGUGCUGAUGAACAUCGACCCCAACGGCAAAGGCUGGAUCGACUGGGCGGCCACCAAGCUCUCCGGCCUGACCAGCACGUUGCCAGACACGGUGCUCUCCCACCUCUUCAGCCAGGAGGAGCUGGUGAGCAACACAGAGCUGGUGCAGAGCUACCGGCAGCAGAUCGGGAACGUGGUGAACCAGGCCAACCUGCAGCUAUUCUGGAACAUGUACAACAGCCGCAGAGACCUGGACAUUAACCGGCCUGGAACAGUGCCCAAUGCCAAGACGCUCCGCUGCCCUGUGAUGCUGGUGGUAGGGGAUAAUGCACCUGCCGAGGAUGGGGUGGUCGAGUGCAACUCCAAACUGGAUCCAACCACCACGACCUUCCUGAAGAUGGCAGAUUCCGGGGGGCUCCCCCAGGUCACACAGCCCGGGAAGCUGACUGAAGCCUUCAAAUACUUCCUGCAAGGCAUGGGCUACAUUGCAUACUUGAAGGACCGAAGGCUGAGUGGAGGAGCAGUGCCCUCGGCCAGCAUGACCCGUCUUGCCCGCUCUCGCACAGCGUCCCUCACCAGUGCCAGCUCGGUGGAUGGCAGCCGCCCGCAGGCCUGCACCCACUCGGAGAGCAGUGAGGGGCUGGGCCAGGUCAACCACACCAUGGAGGUGUCCUGCUGAAGCCCCUGGUCCCACAAAGAUGCCCCCCUGCUCCCCGCCCGCAUUGAUGUUCCACUGCCAUCUUCACAUGGCUCAUUUCCCCUUUUGUUUUUGUGAGGGUGAAGGGGAGGAAACAGGGUUACGUCUCCUUUGUUUAAAAAGAUGAGGGGCUCCAGCUUAGACGCUGCAGCAGAGCAGUCUCCAGAUGGUUUGAGGGGCCCACUCCCCCGACCCUGCCCCUGCACUCUCCUGGUUAACUUGGCUGACUUAGUCCCUCUCUCCCACAUCCCCACGGCCCAGGCACAGUCAGGGCAGGGUUCCUGGGAGGAAGGGGAUUAGCUAAGGAGAGGCUUUGAGUCCUUCUCUGGCCAGGAUCCAGGGUAAUAUUCUGGAUUAAAGAAAGCAUGGGUUGACUCCCUGGGAAGGGGAGGUUUGAAGAAGGGAUAGGGUUUUGAGGGGGUGGGUUCUGGGACAGCAGGAGCACGGGGUCCAGCUCGGACACUGGUGUGAGAACCAGGAGACAGCAGCGGGGAGCUCUCCAGGGCAGGAGCCCUGAAGCCCUGCAGGCGCCUUUCUCCCCAGACCCUCCAGGCACAUGUGACAAUCAUUUGAACAGUAGCCACAAGGGGGCGCUCCUACCAGACCGUAGUUUUCCUGGUGCUUUCUGGGCAGGCCUGGUACUUGCUGUAAGACCAGGCAGGCAGGGACUGAAAGGAGUUUCUCUGCCCAAGGAAGACAGAACACGGAGGACCUUGAGAGCAGGAACUCCACAGACUUCCCUUCCAGCCCACACUCUGCUGCCUCCUGGCUCUGUCCCAUUUCUGAGCCAAGGCUCUGAGGCAGAAAGUCCCCUGAUCCUGUGUCCAUGGGGCACUGACUAGGGCGGAGGUUAAAGGCUACGAUAGCCUGAGAGUGUUGCUGCAUCUCGGAGAACUGGAUGGUGACUGCCUUUGGAAGCCAGCAGGCAGUGGUGGCUCAGAGUUCCUAUAGACCCCCUUCUUGCCCCCAGGUUCCACAGAGGACAACUCAAUCAGUAGCAGCAUGACCAAGGAUGCCGGAAAGGUUUCUAGGGAGAGUUCUGGUUGAGCUCUGCCAGUGUUUCACACAUGCAUCACUGAGAGAGUCCCUUUGGAGAAAUCUGGUCCGAGGGAGCGGGAUUUGGCAGUCUCACACCACCAUCCUAGCCGGUCAGGGUAGGCUCAAGGCUGGGGCUAGAUGGGUCCUGGGCUGGGAAGUGAAGUUUCCUGAAGGGAACAAGGGCCAGGCAGAUUCCCCGCACAUCCCAGCCCCCUCCUGCCCCCCUGAUGCCCAGGGCCGGGCCAUAUUCUUCCCGUUCACUCACUUAGAAUCUCCUGGCCCAGAAACCAUUUGUCUCUGGGCCUAAAUCAAUUGCCACAACCCCCAAAGUGAGUAAAAAGAAGAGGAGAGAGCAGUUAAAAAUGCAGGGCUGUGGAGGGGGGUGGGGUGGGUGUGGGGGGUGCUCUGGAGCCGAGGGACACGUGCAUCCACAUUUCCUCUGCAUACAUCACCCCCUACUAGAAUCUUAAGCCAUUGCUCUAGACUCUUCUAGAGCCCAGUGGAGUGUUAGUGCGUCCCCAGUUCUAUUCACUCACGUGCUUCCUCUGAAUAGCGAAUGUGACAGUUUGAAGAGCUGGUAGAAUUAAUCCCUCUUACUGUAUGUAGAUAGCGCUGUGAAUCUUGGGUUUCGUUUGUUUUUUUUUUUUUCCUGUGUUCUUUCAGAUGAGAUAUCUAUAAAUAUCUAUACAUUAUAUAUAUAUAUAUAUACAUAUGUAUAUUGAGUCCUCCUGCCUGUGGUUUUCCAUCGGAAGUUGUCUCUUCUUUGGUCAAAGUGAAAUUUUAAUGGAAUUUAUUAUUUUCCUCUCUGUACAAAGCCUACUUUUGUGUUUUCUGGUGGCUUGAUGUCAUGAGACUUUGAGAUGACAAAAUGUAAAACAAAAACCCUUGUCAACAUAGAAAGAGUUAACUGUGCUGAAAACCUAAUAAAGAAACUAAGAAGAA